UUUGGGGCAUCAUGUCAGAGUUUUGGCCAGUACCGCCUGCCGCUAUGGCACCACCUCUGAAUCCGUGGGAGGUGAGUCCAUGGACGGACGAACAGAAUCGCUCGAUGUGGCGCAGCUGGGCCCAGAGCCUGGCCAGAGUUCGUCGCAAUGCGGCGGCGAUGUAUUACUUUGAGAAGAGCAUCGAUGACCAGGAUGCGAAUCGUUACGUGGCGCUGUGCAUGCGUAGCAAUUUCAAUCGGAGCAUCGCCAAUACGGAGCAGGCAUUGAGGGACAGCCAACGGGCGUCUGAGGCGGCGCCGUGCAAUCCCUACGUCAAUCUGCAGGUGGCCGAUGCGCUCUACGAUCUGAAUAGGUUCGAGGAGAACAAGUUGACGCUGCACAACAAUUCGCUCCUGCUCAAGGGCACCAAACGGAUGCCGUUCAGUCGUCGGAUGCUGGUUGUGAACAGCAACUUUCAGGACAAUGUGGGUGAGAGUCUGGGUCCGUUCCUUCUGAAGAACAUGGCGCGAAUGGCCAGCAUCCAUGAUGGGGCGUUGAGGCCGGAAAAGAUGAUGCCAGCAGCCACGCGCUGGAAGGCGCUCAAGGAUCUCAAUGAGUGCGACGUGAACAGCCAUAAGGAAAGGAAAAAUAUCCGGAUAUCGCCGAUGGAGAUGGCACGACGGAAGCGUAAGAUGAAAAUCUACAAUCAGAACUAUUUAAGUGGCUCCUGGAUAGAUGUUGCCUUCCUCAAGAACCUUCGAAAUAAUCCGAUUGUGCUCUUGGAGAGGUACUACAAGUCCGCCAGGGAACGGCGAGAGUAUUUAAAUAAUUCCUAUACGACUACGAAAAGGUUCAUCAAAAUGCUGCACUGUCGCAGUCCCAUGUACAACGAGCAAUACCAACGCUUGUCCAACCCAAAGGUCAUGGAUCGCCUCCACCAGGCCAAUAUGUUUCGCAUACAGUAUCAGGCGCGUCGGCAUAUGCUAUCGAUACUGCGCACUAUACGCGAAAUACGCGAACAGAAGGACGUGCAGCGCCUGCGUAAGUUUGUGGCAAAGGUAAUGGGCGAGUUUGUUGUGGUGAAGACGAAGGCGGUAAUGCCGUGGAAAAUAGAGUUCAUGAACGAGGUGUACAAUCACUUGGCGCUGAGCCUGUGCGAGGCAUAUAAUAUACCGAACUACAAGGUGUCGCCGUACGAUAACGAUUCCAUGUGCCGCCUGCUUGGCGUCAAUCCAUUCAAGCCCUCCGAGGUGCACCAAGUUGUGUUUGGCAGGCGACCGUCGUAUGUGUAUGACGAGAGCAUGCCUGUCAACGAGCACGUCAGGGCGUUCAGGAUGGCCAAAGCGGCGCUGGAUAGACGCCUCUACUUCUCCAAGCUGCCCAUCGAGCGUAGCUAUUUGCUGUUCGAGAUUGCCGACUGUUUGCUGAUGCAGAAUCAUCUGGUGCAGUGCCUGCUCUAUGCGAAGCGCGCCAUCGAUGAGGCCAGGCGGGCGAAUAGCAAGAUCUGGGAAUUCCUGGCCACCAUGAUGCAGGCGAAGGCGCACGCGAUACUCUGCAAGUACGAGCGGCAGGCGGAGGUGCUCAACUCCGCCUAUGUGCUGGCCAAGGAACUCAAAUCGCCCAAACUCUGCACCUUCAUCGAGCUGUGCCGCAUGCUCAACAAGGACUACAUGAUGCUGCGAAAGAUGGCCGUACCGGCUUCCACCAGACGACUACGCUACAGGGUCUCCAAUCGAUCCAGCACCGCACUGUCUGUAUCGCGCUAGUGAAGCGAGUACCGUACAACCGUCACAAUGUGGGACUUUCCCGCAUUCCGUUGCACAGCACCCGCUUCACUGGCUCGAUUACGACUCGAGCUGAGACCCGCUUUUAGCGUAGGUAGUAGAUAUUGUAUUUAUUUCAAGCGAUCAAAUCAACAAAGCUAUUUCAAAUUUUAUGAUAAGUUUAACAAUCGACAUAAAUUGACAUUACAAAAUUCUGUAAUUCAUAAGGAGCACACAAAAAUCUAAAA